AACUGGGGCAUUUCGAGUCGAGUCGAGACACCCCCGGCCCAACGAGAAGACGGGCCAAGAGCGGUGCUACUGGUGGCUGCGAGAGGAGAGGCGUGCGCUGUCUGGGGGGCUGCUAGUACGGUUUGUGCUGUACAGUACGAGGGCGUGAUAGGGAUGAAUAUGAUAUGAUAUGAAGGAUAAAAGGGAAUGGGAAGAGGAUUUACUGCCAAUGCAAUGCAAUGCCAGUGGGUUCAAUGCCAAGGGUGGCCCGUCAUGCAAAUGCAAAUGCAAAGGCGCCUGACUGCGGGAGCAAAUCGGGGGACGCUGGGCGGAGCCUCCGGGCGGCAGACGGAGUGCUGCUUUGUGCGGCCAGGAGAAGAGAGACGAACAGCUUUAGGCCUUUUGCUCUUUUUUGGCGCCCAGGGUUUGCGGCGCUGCAGACAAGGGACAGUUAUGCGAGUUUGGGGAGGAAGAGGAGGCAAGGGAGAGAGAGAGAGAGAGGCUCGCUGGCUGGAUUGGAUGAAAGCCGCAUUUUCGUGGGGUGUGACUCAAUCACACCAGCAGCCAGCGGUUCCGGGUCUCAUGUUUGCCGGGACUGCAUUGCCUUGUCAUCAUUCACUGCGCGAGGGAUGCGUGGGGACAGGACAGCAGAAGCCAGGCCAGAGGCGCAAUCGGAGGCGCUGGUGUCUGAGCCGUCCCAUGUACGGCGAUGCUGUUUGCUCGCGAUAGGUCCGUCGCGGCGUCUUGGGCAUCGUUGUGUGGUUGAUCGUUGUUCGUUGUCGUUGCUGGCGUUUUGUUUGGUUUGGCUCUUUAAACGCCAGCCACCCCAUUUAAUACUCUUACAUAGUUCUCGCUUACACUUGUGUUUAAGACGAACGAGAGCCUUUGGAAUCAGCAAACGGGGAAAAGAUACAAAAAAAGAAGCCAAGGAAGAAUCAAGACAACAAAAGACGAAGACAUCCACCAUCUCUUCAUCAUCACCAUCACAAAGCUGAACCAAUUUUGUUUUCUUCUUCUCCUUCACGGCCGUUCUCCUGAGCUGCGCGCGUCCGACUAACAACUAGACUGGCGGGGCGGCCGUUCAGGGAUCCUAGAAGAAAAAGGCCAGCCGGGAGAUCUUCACCGACAUUGAGAAGCAUUGAUAGCUUAGUGGGGGUUUUGAGCCAGGUCGUGACAUUCC